AUGGCAUCUUCGUCAUCUCGACCAUCAAAAAGUUCAAAAAAAUCUGCAUCAUCGACUGCAGAGAUUAUGCGAGUUGAUCAAUCUUUUAAUGAUCGACAAUCAAGAAAAAAUCCAAAGAAUGCUUCUACUCUUGGUAUUAAAAAUGGUGGUAUAUCUCGACGAAAAUCUGCUCCAAGUUCUCGUCGUUCAAGAAACUCACAAAUACAAUCAAAAAUAACAACACCACAAAGAUCAACAAGUAAUUUAGGUCAACAUGUAACAGGAAUUAGCAAUGAAGGUGAAGAUGAUCAUUUAGACCAAGAUAUUGAUCUGUUAAAUAUUUCAUCUGCAUCAACAGCAACGGAAAAUAUGGAAACAUCUCAACAGCCUGAUGAUGAUAAUUCACCUACUUCAGUUGAAAAUCACAACAAAAAUAGACGAACAAUUACAAAACAUGAACUAUUAAAACAAUAUUUUACGAAACUUGAUACUGGCGGUUAUCAUUGCAAACUAUGUACUGGUACCAAAAAUUCUAACAAGGUUCACAAAGAAGUAGCUUAUUCUGAUUCGAAUUUACGUAUUCAUUUGGCACGUAAACAUAAACUUACACAUGUGCUAUAUCCAUCUCAACGUUCACGGCAACAAGUAAAGCCACAACUCUUAUCUGCUGAUUGGAAAGAAAAACUAGAUAAUGCUUUGAUCUAUGCCGUUAUAAAAGACUCUCGUCCAUUUGGUGAUUUUCGUAAGGAAGGGUUUCAACAUUUUCUGCAAGUUGUUUUGCCUGAUAUGAAUUAUAAAGGUCCACAUCGUACAACAAUCAGACAACGCAUGGCAGCUUUAUAUGGUUCAUAUCGUACAGCUUUAAUUGAUGAAUUAUCUUCUGUUAGUGAUAUUGCAUUGACAGCGGACACUUGGUCUAGUCCUCGUCGUAUUCAUUUUGUUUGUAUUACAGCACAUUAUUAUGAUACAGAAUUUGGAUAUUUAUCUAAAGUUAUAUCAUUUCGUCGAUUUAUUGGACGUGGCUUUGCUUUACGUAUACGUCAAUUUAUCCGUUCUGAAUUAAACAAAUUAAAAAUCAAUAAUAAAAUUUGUUCCAUUACAACAGAUAAUGCACCGAGCAUCAAAUUGGCUGUUAAUACGAAAGAAUUUGGAAUUCAUAUUCCAUGUCUAGCACAUGGGAUGAAUUUGACUGUAAUAAAUGGUCUUGGUAUUUGGUGGGAAGAAAAAAAGCGUGCUUCUACUCAAGUCACAACAGAUGAUGAACAAGAAGAACAACAAAUUGGUUAUACUAAUAUUGAUGAUGAAGAUCAAAUUUAUGAAGAUGAUAUUGAAAUUAAUGAUUCAAAUUGUGAUGAUGCUUCAGAUAGUGAAUUAGUUACUGAUUAUGCUUAUAAUGAAGAUUCGGAUUAUGAAGAUUCAUCUUCAGAAGGUAGUGUUGAAGAUGAAGAUUCACUUAGUCAACAUCCACAUCAUGACAAAUUUGUGGAAAAUGAAACUGAACAUGCAUUAAUGCCGUAUUCAAAAGAAUUUAUAUACAUUUUACUACAACGAACACGUAUACUCAUUAAAACAAUACAUCGUUCUAGCAAUAUUGAUAAAUAUGUUCGAGAUCAAAUUUCUUUAAAACAAGAAGAGGCGAAUAAACGGGCGAAAGAAGAUAAUACUGAACCUAUAGUAUAUAAUGAAUUAGUUAUUGAUUUUCGAAUACGAUGGAGUUCCACCUUCAUGAUGCUACACCGAUUUAAUAAAUUAAGUUCAGUAGUAAAUGAUGUUACAUUUACACCAAGAAAUAUUGAUGGUGUGGAAUCUCAACAAGUUUUAAAAUUAUCGAAAUUAGCUUUCAGUCAUGACGACUGGAAUUGGUUAUCAGCAUUAGAAUUCGUGCUUCAACGUUUUGAAGAAUCAACAACUUUAUUAUCUGGUAAAACAUAUCAAACACUUUCACUUGGUAAAAUGAUAUUAAAUGGUUUAAAACACUUCUUAUCACAUCAAAAACCUAAUGAACCGAUGAUAAAUCAUUUAAAAACAUUGUUGUUAAAAGCAUAUGAAGAAUAUUGUGAAAAAAAUUUUAGUGCUGAAGCUGAAGAAGCAAUCAUAAUUGCUUCUUUUCUCAAUCCAACAACAUACUUUUAUUUGCAUGAAGAUGACAAAUUCAUUAAAAGAGCAAAACAAUUGAUUGUAUUAAAAUCGAAAAGUGAAAAAUUUGCAUCAGCACGUUUGUCUUCAUCAAAUUCAACACCUUUAACAAGUUCUAUUCCAAAAAUGGUGAAAAAACCAUUACUGGCAAUUGAAAAAUUUUUAUCUAAUUGUGAAGCAUUAUUACCAACAUCAUCAUCAAUACCUUCAACAAAAAUAUUUACGAUUCAACAAGAAAUUGGCUAUUACAUAUCUUCUAUUGAAAAAGAAACUGAUUUCCAAGAAUAUUGGAAUAAAAAUCAACAUUAUUUGCCUAUAUUAAGUCGUAUGGUGCGACAUUAUUGCAUCAUGCCAAUAACAUCAGUUGCAAGCGAAAGUGCAUUUUCAAUGGCCGGAUACAUACAACGAAAACACCGUUCAUCAUUAUCUGCAACAACUUUAAGAUAUUCAAUGAUAUUACAAAAUUUAGAACCACAUCAUAUUGAUUCCAAUUGA